CUUAGGAGGAGCUUCAGGAUUUUCACUUGUUUCUGUGCAACAUCUCAUUUGAAGACUCGUUUACCAAAGAGCCUGCGACUAAGACGGGGGAAAGGUAUCUGGACUUCCCAGCUGACUGACAGAUCCUGCAGUGUUGUCUUCCCUACCAGUAGACUGAAUGACGAGACCAGACCCUGCAGUGUUGUCUUCCCUACCAGUAGACUGAAUGACGAGACCAGACCCUGCAGUGUUGUCUUCCCUACCAGUAGACUGAAUGACCAGACCAGACCCUGCAGUGUUGUCUUCCCUACCAGUAGACUGAAUGACCAGACCAGACCAGGCAGUGUUGUCUUCCCUACCAGUAGACUGAAUGACCAGACCAGACCAGGCAGUGCUCCCAGUGUAUCUGGACCAGGGACUAUUAGGCCUCAGUGACUGGACUCUGCAGUGUUACCAUCAGUUUUGGACUAUAUAAACAGUAUUCGGACUGACUGACCAGCUCCAGUGAUCCUCCCUCCUUCCCUCCCAGGAGAAAACAUGACCCCUCAGACCCUUUAAACUCAGACCCCUCCAACAGCCAGUCCACAUGGACACCACCUCCACCCACUGGCAGCUAGGCAUCCUGGGUAACGACAGUCUCCGCCUCCACCUCGACCGGCCGGGGUUCCACUCUGACAUCACCAAGCAUGUAGGAGUCCAGGCUGCUUUGAUCACAGCGUAUAGUCUGAUCAUCCUACUGGGUCUAGUAGGCAACGCCCUUGUCAUCUACAUGAUCAUCCGCUUCCGGAACAUGAGGACAGUCACUAACUUCUUCAUAGCUAACCUGGCCCUGGCCGACCUGUUGGUGGAUACGUUGUGUUUACCGUUCACACUGGUUUAUACCUUGCUCGACGAGUGGAAGUUCGGCGCGGUGCUGUGUCACAUGGUCCCGUUCGCCCAGGCGCUGAGCGUGCACGUAUCGAUCCUGACGCUGACCGUCAUCGCUCUGGAGCGCUACAGGUGUAUCGUGUUCCACCUGGGCCAGCGCCUCACCUGGCGAAGCAGUUUACUCAUCAUGGCUCUCACCUGGACGCUGUCCUCCAUGCUGGCCAGCCCGCUCGCCAUCUUCAGAGAGUACCGUCAGGAGGAGAUCCCGUCCAUCAACCUGAGGAUCUCAGUCUGCUAUGAGAAGUGGCCUUACGGCAGCAGCAGAGACGGGGUAAUUUACAGCCUGUCUAUGUUACUGCUGCAGUACGUGCUGCCACUCUCCAUCAUCAGUUAUGCCUACAUCUGCAUCUGGGUGAAGCUGAAGAACCACGUGAGUCCAGCGAGCCGCAUCGACGCCAUCCAGCGCAGGAAGAAGACCACCAAGAUGCUGGUUAUGGUGGUUGUCGUCUUCGCCACAUGCUGGCUACCCUUCCACGUGUUUCAACUAGCCAGUGACCUUGACCUGGUGCUCAGCUUAAGACAAUACAAGCUCAUCUAUACUCUCUUCCACAUCGUAGCCAUGUGCUCCACCUUCGCCAACCCGCUCCUGUACGGCUGGAUGAAUAAGAACUACAGGAAUGGGUUCCUCAUGGUGUUCAGGUGUGAGGCUAAACCAGACAGUAUUCACCCUGAGGGAUCCUUCAGGACCAGGUCACUAAGGGGGAUGUCUCUGAACAGGAGGAACGGAGGACACCCUCCUACUGCCGUCUGAUUGGUUGAUUGAUUUGCCGUCUGAUUGAUUGAUUGAUCUGCCGUCUGAUUGAUUGAUUGAUCUGCCGUCUGAUUGAUUGAUUGAUCUGCCGUCUGAUUGAUUGAUUGAUCUGCCGUCUGAUUGAUUGAUUGAUCUGCCGUCUGAUUGAUUGAUUGAUCUGCCGUCUGAUUGAGGCUGCUGUAUGGAGUGAUAUUAGCACCAUUAGAAAGAGAAUCUGACGGGCCGUCAGAAUGGCCCGUAGGCCAGGAGUCCAUCUCCUGUUUCUUUAGAGGGAACCAGAACGGCCCGUAGGGCAGCAGUCCAUCUCCUGUUUCUGUAGAGGGAACCAGAACGGCCCGUAGGGCAGCAGUCCAU